AUGAAUAAUAACAGUAGGGGUGCGUUUUUGUUAAAAUUGGCGUGCAAAAAACACCAACAAGACAUUUCUGAUCAGACUACUGUUCAAAAUACACUCAUAGGAAGCGACGAUUUAGUGAAAGAUAGUGGUCAUGCAUCAGAUAAGGAAAACAUUUAUUUUGGAGACAGUGACGACAGCGUCAAAGACCCAAAUUUUGAAAUCACAACGUGUGCUAAUAAAAGCAGCAGCUCAGACGAUAGUUCUGGUCGUCCAGCUGCAAAAAAGCGCGUUAGACGAGUAUCUGACUUAUCGAGCACGUCACAGCAAAAAACUCAGCCUGUUUCAAAUACUGAAAUUCCUGGACCAACCUGUUGCAUAAUAGAAAACUAUAAUCCUACUCCCUCUUCAUCUAAAGAUGCGCUAAUGUCGGUGGACGAGACGCUGAUAUGCUCGUUCCAGAUUUUGAAGCCGGCCGACAAGCGCAAGCUGUACACCGGACUCAACAUGGGCCGCCCCAAAACACCGCCUUACUCACAGCCCAAGAACAAGAAGAAGUGA